GACUGCGAGAGGGUCGUAACCAUGAGGGGUUCCUGCGAGAGGUCUGGGGAGGAUGAAGAGCAGAAAGAAGAGGAGGCUAUGGCGGCCUGUGGGCGUCUUUCAGGGGUCCCCGAGGCCGUGCAGGGUGCCGAGGCCGAUUGGGACUCCGACUGGGAGACGGAAGGCACCCAUGGGCUUGGAGAACUGGUCAGGGACACACUGUACCUGAGGUCUUGCCGGGCCCAUAGCGUUGUGCCCGUCUCUUGCUUUCUGUGCCAAGGGAGCGCCCAAGAGCUGAACCUCCGGCACCGUGGCCUGGGGCCCCAGGGCGCCCGGGCUCUGGCUUCCUCGUUGAGCUCCAAUCCAUAUGUCAAGCGGCUGGACCUUGGAGACAAUGGGCUCUGUGGGGCGGGUGCAGAGGCCUUGGCAGGUGCCCUGAGCAAAAGCAGCAGCAUCCGUGGUAGGUGCUGGGCCUGGGGCAGGUGGGCAGGCGUCUCCUCCCUUUCCUCGGGGAUGUGCCUCCACCCCCGAAAGCUGGGCCAUGUCACCUGGGGCCUGCUGGUGUUGCUGGUGGAUAGAGGAGGGGCCUCAUCACAGGAGGGGGCAUGUGGGGUGGAGUUAGACCCUCCGCUGUGCAGUCAAUGCUGGAUACAAGUCCCUUCCUCACCCACCCCACCCCACCACUCUCCUCUCUUGCUGGCCAGCAUCCCCCUCUUCACCUGGCACAUGGUAGACUCCCAGUACCUGAAUGCAGGGGAGACACUGGGACCAGCCCUGGCAGAAAACACUGGACUCACCGAACUUAACGUGAGCUGGAAUCACCUCCGAGGCCCGGGAGCUGUGGCAUUUGCCAGGGGACUGGAGGCAAACAUCUUCCUGAAAGUUCUAGACAUCUCAUACAAUGGCUUUGGGGAUCCUGGAGCCUCUGCGGUGGGUGAGGCUCUCAAGGCCAACAACGUGUUGGAGGAACUCAACAUGAGCAACAACCGCAUCUCUGCGAUGGGAGCCCUGAGCCUGGGCCUGGGUCUCCGGGUCAACCAGACGCUGAGGAUUCUUGUAGUGUCCAGGAAUCCCAUGCGAAGUGAAGGCUGCUUUGGUCUCCUCAAGUCUGUCCAGGAUAAUCCAGCCUCUGCCCUGGAACUGCUGGAUUUCUCAGAUAUCCAAGUGAACGCAGAGUUUGAUGGCCUUGCUAGCUCAGUGAGGGGAAUUCUUCCAGAGCUCUGCAUAAAGACUGGUGCUUGCAGAGUGGAGUAUAAAAAGGAGUUGCUGCCAGUCUUCAGACCAGCCCUGCCAGCGUCUGUCCCUAAGUGA